UUCCUACACUCAGUCGUGCGGCGUCUGCGAAGCGGCGCGGACUUCGCGUUUCCCGCCAACUUUGUCGGUGUCCGACGCGUGUGCUCGAAAAAAAUAACAGUGCAUAUUUUGUAUUUUUUUUUUACUCUGUGCCAGUGUCAAGGAUUUUAAACGUUCGGAUACAAACAAGAUCAACCUUUGGCUGUAUUAACUUCUAAGUUAUCAACUGUCAACAAAUUAAGGGGGCGCCAUAUUAAAUCUGUGGUUCCGCCAGUGUGCCGGAUUCUCGUCACCAUCAUAGGUAUCGCAUGCACCCCAGUAACUAACGGCGACCGCAAACGGGCUGGCAACCCUAGCACCAAAGAUGCGAGGAACAUGGUGCCUUGCGCUGUUGGCGCUUUUUGUCACUGUCACAGCUGACACGACUGAAGAACAAAAGAAUGAAUCAGUCGAAAGCGCCAGCACCUCCAACGGCUCUCAAGAAGAAGAGGAAGUCAAAGAAGCCUGGAUGAAAGCCCCAGGGGGAGGGGUCGCGGUUAGGAGUGGGGAGGAUGCGCUCCUCACGUGCGUGGUGCUGGGUGCUCGGGACAAGCCCGUGCUGUGGCGGCGAGCGAGGGACCUGCAGCUGCUGACUGCUGGAUCCGUCAGGGUCACCAGGGACGAGCGCGUGCAGGUCCUGCAUGAUGACUCUGACGAGCCCCUCCAAGGACCUGGCAUCGCCAAGGGGGGCGACGUGUGGGCGCUGGUCAUCAAGGGCGUGAAGCCCUCUGACGCCGGCCUCUACAUGUGCGAGCUAAACACAGAGCCUCCAGUCAGGAGUUUCCAUAAAUUAGUCGUGAUCUCUCGAGGGCUGACGCCGCCCUUCCAGCAGAACGGUACUGACAGCUACUCUGCCAAUGCACCGACACCCUCAUCAGUGGCCUUGGCUCACAACUACACAGACUGUUGCGUCACCGCCAACGUGUCCAAGGCCUGCCUGGGCUUCUGCAGCAUCCAGACCAUCCUCGAAGGCACGGGCCAGGACCCGGAGACUUGCCAACCCGACUUCCCUGCUAUCGUCAAAUGCAUGGCAGACGGCCGGAACCACGUGCCGUGCUGCGUCCAGGAACGCGUCCCGGACAUUUGUCAGGACGUCUGUCGUGGAGAGUUCACUCCAGUCACGGACAACAUCAAGACUCACUACUCCUGCGCAUCUUACAUGGAGAAGACGCUGGCUUGUAUCGUUGAAGGGAUUGAGCUACUACCAAGUCCACCAGAAGAUGUAGAAGUGGAACCUCUAAAUGAGAAACAGCUGAAUGUAACCUGGAAUCCUCCAGUGGAGAACGCAGACACCGUCACAGAGUAUAUCGUCAACGUAACAACGCUGCGAUCGUUCGACGCGCAUUUGAUUGAUCCGUCUGAGAGCUCGAUGAAGAAUGAGACGAAGACGAUACAAGUAACGACUACUAAGGUCCUGGCGAAUAAGACAUUUUUGGUGUUAGACGACCUUCUGCCAUUCACGAUGUAUGAAGUGACUGUGACCGGCUAUAAUAUUCAUGGGUCUAGCCUUCCGAGUUAUGCUGUCAGAUCGCUAACACUAACUCCCGGCAAGAUGAAGUCCACGCAAGUUGCAAAGGCUCCCAAACUCCCCGAUAUCAAGGGGUGCUGUGUGUCUGCGGGUGUGAACCACAACGGAUGCGUGGAGAAACUCUGCGACCCCACCAAGACGUUUGAAAUCCAGCUCCAGGUCACAGAUCUGAUGAUAUGCGCGCCCUGGGCCGGGGUCACCUUCGGCUGCCUCGCCAACGGCAUGGACCACACGCCGUGCUGCCGUUCGAGGGGCCUGAUCGACCCAUGCUUGCCGCUCUGCAGCGGGAAUAUCACCACUUUGGACUUCAAUCAUUUCAAAUGCCUCCGCUACAUGUCGGCCUACACGAACUGCCUGCUGGAGGGCUACGGCGUCCUCCCCGGCGCCCCCUCGUGGCUGCACUUGACCAACAUCGACACAGACUUCGCUGUAGUGCACUGGUCCCCGCCAGCGGCCUUGGGAGACACCGUCAUGUACUACAACCUUCACUACAAAUCGCUUACUAGUGAUAACAAUGAUGAGGAUUACAGAGCCAUUCUGAAGGUCCAUUCUCCCUACAUCCUCGAAGACUUAGAGUCCAAUUCAGAGUAUGAGAUCUACGUGGAAGCUGUCAACGAGCAUGGAGUGGGUUCUCCGUCUCCAAGAGUCAUCUUCAGGACACAGAGUCAGAUAAUCGUAGAAGAAGAAGAGGAAGCCAACAUCUACAACGUGACAGAGUGCUGCGAGCGAGUGCAGCUGGCCGGCGUGUGUAUGCCGCUCUGCUCCUACGACGCCAAGAUGUCUGAUCUCAGGACAUUGGCUCCUCUCUGCACGCAGGAGUUCUCCAAAUUGCUCAAGUGUGGUGCUGGAGGUCGUAACCACGCGGCGUGCUGCGCGCGGCGCGGCGUGCCCGCGUCGUGCCGCGGCGUGUGCGCGGGCGCGUACUCCGGCGGCGUCAACUCCUGCGUGCCCUACAUCGGGAACAUUGUGCAGUGCUUUGAGGAAGGUACGGGUCUUCUUCCCGGACCACCUCGCGAGCUCCACGCGAGAGUCUCCAGCAAAGGAGUCCUGAAUUUGGACUGGAUCGCGUCUCCCGACGCCGGAAACGACACCAGCUACGUCAUCCACUGGCAGAGGAUCAACAACACCUCACAGACUUAUAGCUAUAAUACCCUGCCUUCCUUUGCUCAGGGCACGCAGACAGAGACGAACAACACAUCAGUAGCCCUGCCCAUGCUGAUCCCGAACGGCACGUACCAGCUGUUCGUGGUCGCGAGGAACGGCCACGGGUACUCGCUGCCCUCCAGCAUGAUACUCUUCAACUACACAGAAGGAGAGGAGAAGGAGGUGAGCGGUAUACCCUCCCCCCCGCACUCGCUGUCCGUGUCCUCGCAGUCGGCCACCUGGCUCACCCUCAGCUGGCAGCCGCCGCAAUUCUCCAUGCCUGAUGAGAAGAUAUCAUAUACAUUAUACUUCAAGUCACCCACUCAAGUCGGCCCAAGCAACGUGACGUCCAUCCGCACGACAGUCAAUGGUCACACCCUGGAGAAACUGACUCCGAACACACAAUACGUGCUGUGGGUCAAGGCUCAUACGUCAGCUGGGGACUCCUUGCCUUCUGAGACCUUGGUGGCUUGGACUGAUCCCGCCUACCCUGCGUACGUUGAGCCUCCUGCGGUGAAUCCAGUGAACCUUGUGCGCGAGGGCUUCAGCAUGACCAUCCUGUGCAUAGCCAUGGGAACUCCCACACCCACAAUAUCACUCUAUAUCUCAGGUCGUCUAGUCCGUCAAGAGGUGACGCGUCACAUGGUGACAGUGAUUCACAACGUGACCCGCGACAUGGACCAGAUAUCUUGCUACGCUGAUAACGGCUAUGGAACUCCCAUGCAGGCUUCCAGGAAGAUCAACAUAUCACACGUGCCAACAAUCCAAGCAUCUGGAAUCACAAUGGCCGCCGCCGGAGACUCAGUUAUACUGGAGUGUCGAGUGGAAGCUCUCCCGAAACCCACCAUCGCGUUCUGGAGGGAUCCCAAUGGAAGAACACCCGUUAUCGACGGACCCAACUAUACGAUACAGCUUGUAGCGGAUCCCGAGGACCAAACCAAAUACACGAUGCGUCUGGUCAUCAAGAAGAUAUCUGAAGCCGACGAGGGUGACUACUACUGUCACGCGGAGAACGCUUUCGGGAAGACGCUGAGACCAGUCUCCGUCAGACUCAGGCCGACCACACCUCACCACAAUGUCACUGAAUGCUGCACCAACAUGAAUGUGUCGUCAGCGUGUAUCGACGCGUGCAGCUUCCACAUCGACAUGGACCACAUCCUCGACCGGCCCGAGUGUCUCAACGACUUCGACAAGCUGAUGAAGUGCGCCGCUGAUGGAUCAGACCAUCGCAGCUGCUGCGCCUCGUGGGGCGUGCCCCGCAACUGCCUCGAGCUGUGCCGCGGAGGCGUGGUCUCCCGCAACUGCACCCUGCACCACGCGCACCGGGCGCUCACCUGCUUCAGGGAGUCCGGCGCGAAGAUGCCCGGGCCCCCCAGGAACUUGAAGGCCCAUGUCGCUCCGACGCCGAAUGCUGUGCUCUUGAGCUGGGAGCCUCCAAUCAAAAAUCCCCAGACGGUCUACCUAUACCGCGUGUUCUGGCGAGCGUACGGUGCCAAGGUGCCUGAGAAGUUGGAUACCAGUGAGACGAGCGUGGUGCUGACUGGACUUCAAAAUGAUGUCCGAUACGAGUGUGUAGUUAAGGCGGCUAAUGAUGUUGGUACCUCGUCUCUAAGUGAUCCAAUCAUGUUCACGACAGCUGGUCAAGAAACCGGAGCGGCGGCCGCGCCGGUCACGUCGUCCGGCACCGCCUCCGCAGUGGGACUCGCCGUCGCUUGUGUCUUAGUUGCGGCGAUACUAUUCGCCGCUGCAUUUUACUAUAGGCAUAGAAAGAAUCUCAGACUGAAGGCACAAGGUGGCGUGGCUUUUGAAAAUCCUAGCUACCUAAGAGAACCAAAUCCCGAUACCAUUGUCAGCAAUGGUGCCGUAUUAAACGGGAACGCCAACGGCGGGAACGGUGUAGUAAACGGAGUAUCAAACAGUUCAGCGUGGAGACAAGAGACGCUUCAGAAUCCCGGCACCGCCCGGGAGGUGGACCCCACGCUGUACGAGGAGCUGAAGCUGGGACAGGACGGCGCCGGCUUCAAGAGACUGAAGCCAUAGCCCGCGGCGGCGCGCCGCUCCCCGCGGCUGUCGUCGCCGCGCGUGGCGCCGCGGUUCUGAGCGUCGCGGCCGCGCGUGGCUUUAUAUAUAGCGCCGUCAGCGCGUGACACAGUAUUCUCCUCUCGCUCGCACUCGUUACUUGAUCAUAUUGAUAGAACGGUGCUGCUCAAUUGCUCUGCGACAAUUUAUUACUAAACCACAAUUUCAAUGUGAUCAAGCCGUGAGUAUACCUGUUAUUGUGUAUAAAUACUUUUUUUCUUUACGUAUCCACCAAGAUUGUGCAUUUGUUCGGAUUAUGCGAGCGAGUUAUAUCGAGAAUGUAUAUAUAUUUCUACAAUGAAUCACAAAUAAAUUGUGUACAGUAGUAUUUUAAUGCAACCGGUUGGAUACGCUGCCAUAGCAGAGUGUAGUAAAAUAUGUUAAACAGUAACAGAUUAGUAACAUACUUGAUGUGAUUUUUAACCAAAAAAAAAUGACUUCAUGUACUUGUCAUUUCAUGUAAAUAUAGUUGAUUCUAACCAACUAAAAACUGGAUUGCGUCAGUCUUAUAAUUUCUAAAAUAGUAUUUUAUUAUAAUGUAUCAUUACUAUUUUAUUAUGACAAGGCAAUAAUAAUAUAUUAAACAAUCAACUAUAACUAUUCUUGAAGUGACUAGAUAUUAGAAUGCUAACGCCAUCUAGUUUUUAGCUUGAGAACAGACCUGUUAAUGAGUAACUUAAGCCCCGUAGCUCCACCUCGAGUUUAAUGAUAAUAAAAUUAGGUCAUUCUUUAACAAAAAUGUGCCUUCAAAAUGAUUUAUAAAGUAGUUAGUAUAGUAAUAGUUACCUUUUGAUCUGUAAAGUAUACCUAAUGUAAAUAAAACACACAUUCCAAUUAACUGUAACAGUUAUUUACCUUCUAAAGAAAACCAAAUGUAGAGGUACCCGCAUCUGAAUGUUUCAUUAUUAUUACGAAUAUUUAUUUAAGAUUUUUUUAUCAAAUUCAUGAUCAAAUUUGCAUACAUGUUUACGAAAACUGUUGAGAAUACAAAUUCAUUAUACAACAAUCACUUUAAAUUAUUAAAUUUAUAUUAAUUUGAUACAAUUAUACAUUCCGUAAUGAAUAAACACCAUAUAUCUAUAAACCGUAAUAAAAAAAGAAAAUAUAAUUUUGGAUGCGGAAAUCUCUUAAGUAUAUCAUUGAUCUUAACGAAACGGGUUUCGAAGUUUUUUUUUUACAAAACUGGCUCGCCAGUUAUUAAGCAUAUCAGUUACCAUAAUCGAUGGAUAAAUAUAUGAUGCCGCGUUUUAAUAUACAUUGCGGCCUUUUAGAUAAAUUUUGUUCAUUCCAUGGCAAUGUAUACUAAACGUAGUAUCAAUUGGAGGUAAAUAAUACUUCAUAUAAGCGAAUAUGAAAAAGGAACACGAAUCUCAUAAAAAACUGAUUGCUUUCAGAAUUUUUCAUAAACGCUUAUGGAGCCUAAUGGAGUAUCACACUAUGUAUGAUUUGCUGAAUAUCUAACAUAAUAUAAUAUCCUCAUUUAUUUAUUACAUCUUCACAAUUAUAUAUUAUAUGUUACUAGCGGCCCACCCCGGCUUCGCUCGGUUAAAAACAUAUUAAAUUAUAUACCUAAACCUUCCUCAGGAAUCACACUAUUUAUUGGUGAAAACCGGAUGAAAAUCCGUGCAGUAGUUUUGAGUUUAUCGAAACAGACAUGUCACUCUGAAUGUAUUCUUUUAACAAAAACAUAUUUCAAAAUUUUAAUUUACAUAUUUCUGUUAAAUAUUUAUUAAUGAUCUCAUUUGAAAAUUGUUAAAUAAAAUUAUGUUUUCUGUCAAUAAAUGCAUAGUGUGAUUGAAAUUGUAUUUUUGCUCAGAAAAUAAUAAUGAGAUGAGUAUUUGAUCUUCUAUUGUACUAAUGAUAUAAUUUAGGUAAGAACGGAUGUGAUUAGAUUUGUAAAUAAUAUUGAUAAAAAAUUAAAUAAAAAAGACAGAUAUUAUA